CAACAAGAUCACACAGAGCAGCAACCUUCACUAUCAGACAGCCUACUCCCUUAUCUUUCAAAAAAUCUAUUUGUGUUCGUCAACAUCUCUUGAUAUUUGUUUGACAUUGUGCGCGCCUUGCACGUACUUCUUCACUGUCAUUAGCUUACUUCUUGAGGGGUUUCUCAGCUCUCGUGCUAUCUUGUUCUGAAGCAGUAAUGGAUUUGGUGUGGCUCGUGAGUCUGGCAGUCAGCUUGGGAGCCGGACUUGCUGCUACAGAACGGCACAGCGUCUUCUGGAACAGUACUAACCCAAACUUCCUGUGGGACGACUACACCGUGGACGUGCGUAUCAAUGACUACCUGGACAUCAUCUGCCCCCACUACACCCGCGGCGAGCUGCCUUCCCAGGAGGCCGAGCGCUAUGUCCUGUACAUGGUGGAGCGUGAGGACUACGAAGUGUGCAAGCCUCACUCCUUCGACCAGCUACGCUGGGAGUGUUCCCGCCCCUUCGCCGCUCACUCACCUGAGAGGUUCUCUGAGAAGUUCCAGCGCUUCACGCCCUUCACCCUGGGCAAGGAGUUCCGUCAGGGCGAGAGCUACUACUACAUCUCUAAGCCACUGCACCACCAUGGGCAGGAGUGUCUGAGACUGAAGGUGGAUGUAGUGGGACAUCACGGCUCUGCAAAGACCCAGGCAGACAAAGGGAAGGUGGAGGAGAUGGAGAAAGCGAUGGAUGGAGGGAAAGGAAAGGUUGGCGCCGCUGGAGGAGUUCACAACCCAUCCAACAGGUUACCUGCAGAUGACCCUGCCGCGAUGGAGCCUAACGUCCAGAGGAGCGUGGGCAGUGCAGGAGUCCAGCUUGUCUCUGUCUCCCUCUCCUUCACCAUGAUCCCUGUGUUACUAGCCUUGCUCCACUCCCUGACCCUGAGCCUGCACUGAGCCUGAGCCAGGACCCUCCAGCUGGGCCCACCCUGCCCCCCCGGCCCCUGCCCCCCCGGCCCUGCCCCCCCCCCCCCCGGCCCUGCCCCCCCGGCCCCCAGAGACUUUAUCCUUCCAGUGCUGGUCAUUGGUGUAUUAAAGAGAAUACUUUGAUUUUUUAUGAAGAUUUUUUUAUAAAGAUUUUUUAUAUGAGCAUGGACAGAGCUACCUGUGUGUGUGUGUGUGUGUGUGUGUGUGUGUGUGUGUGUGUGUGUGUGUGUGUGUGUGUGUGUGUGUGUGUGUGUGUGUGUGUGUGUGCUCAGGCGGGCGGAACGUAGACCGUUUCCAAGAUGAGGAUCUUCAAGAGUAUUUUUUUGGACGAUCGUUUUUCUGCUGUCGCAGAAGGUUCUUUUCUAAAUUAACUACGAUGACUUUUUCUCCAUUUUUUUUCUUUUUCUUCUCCAUCCAUCCUUGUCUGAUUAGACUAAAAGCUGUUGAAUUGAACACUGACCCUCUUUGACACAAAACUGGAAGUGCAACUAGUAUAACUGGAAAAGUGAUCAUUUAUGUUACCAGAAUUUACACAACUGACAAAGGGAUUCUUUUCAUCCUGAAUUCAACUCACGUAUUCCAUAAACCUUUAGAACGAGGAUGUUUUGUUUUUCUUAGAGACACUGAUUGUCUGCUUGUUAGUUGUCCUCUACCUGUACAGGUGUUUGGUGUUAUAAGUAUUUAUGUAGAAAAAUGUAUUUGUUAUCUCUGAGUUAUGAAGACAGCUUGUUGUUGUAGAUUAGGACUCUGAUAUAAGGAAACACGUUGUUCAGUUUUGACUGUAGAAGCUCCCUCACACUGUAAAAGACACACUAACUCUGGCUACAGAUGCUGCAACAAAACACACGUAUCCACUCCGUUCUAUAUCAAGUACGGAGAAACACAUCACCUGACAUCCUUUUAGAUGACAUAGCAUUUUCAACAAGCUAAUUGUAAUUGUUUUUUGUCGUUUUUGCUUGUGUACAAACACCACGUUCAAUGGAGGAGUUUAACAGCAAAGAGGUUUAACUAAGAGACAGAUAAGCAGGAGGAGAGGCAAACAUGGGGACUGUUUAGAUUUGUCCAGUUUUGGAGUGGUGCUUCUAAACUAUUGUGCCCAUACACCCUCUCACAUAUCCCAAUACCAACAUAGUAGCACGGUACACUGGUAUUUAUGGUCAUGUUUACAAGAAUUGCUCAGUACAAAUCUCAUUUACACACAAACACACACAUUCAUACACACACUUGUAUUUGUCAUACAAGAACAGAACUGAAGGAACUAUCCUGAACACACAGUCUACACACAAGUUAUUCUUGUUUUGUUUUGUUGUUCUCAUUUUGUGUUUUUUUGUUGUUGUAAAAAUGUGUACAUAGAGAAAAGUCUAUAAAAACAACUGCAUUUGUUUAAAAUGUGAAACCCCUUGUGAAAUAAAAUGAUUUGGUGAAAAUA